UGCACUGUUUAAGUUAACAAGAUGUUCACUUUAUACUGUUGUUGUUUGCAUUUGAUUGUUUUUAGAUAAAAAUGAUGGUUCCUUUCUCAAUAUUAGGAAUAUGAAAGAGUAGUCUAGAUAGCCUUUCACAUCAUUCUCAGACAUGGUGAUGGCCUUGUUGACAAAAGCCUCGCACUCAAUGGGUUCACGGCAACAAACAAAACCCCCCUACUACCAAGCUUGAGGCGUCAACAUACAUGUGCAAAGAAAAUCUUAUAGAAGAAUCAAAAUGUUAGCAACAUCUGAAUUAGCUAGAAGCCUGCAUUUGAUCACUCUCACCAAUUAGUUCUUACAGCAUCCAUAGCAAAUACCCCAACCCUCUUUCACCCCAAAAUUAGCUUUAAGGAGGGGAGAAGCAAAAACCUAGUGAGUGGGACUAUGAACGAGAUUGGUUCUGCAAGAGCAAAACCAUGGAACAUAUAUACAAGUUCAGACUCAAGCCCGUCUCAAGCAGGAAUUGAUCGGCAAGUGCAAUGGAAAAGCUCUGGGACAUCCAUGAAUGCCAUUUCUUUUGGAUUUGUUGCCACAGCUAUCUUGAUAUCUAUGUUUCUUAUCAUGGCCAUCUUUGAACAUUUGUUCAAGCCAAGUCCUUCCUUUUCCACACCUGAAGGCGCAACUCAUGGUUCCCUAGAGUCGGGCACUUUUAAGAAGCAUGGAAUUCCACAAACUGUUUCGACAUCUUAUGCGCCCGAUUUCUCAGUAUUGAUGCCAGGACAGCAGUAUCCUACCUACCUUGCCCAGCCCGCUCCUCUCCCCUCCUGCUCUAGGGAAGGGAUUUGUUGGCCUUCCCAUGAACAUAAAUUUGUACUUCCUUAGGACAUACAUACUUCCAUUGCGGCAUUAUAAUUACUGGGGCUGUUUGUAUAUCUACAAAAUGGUCAUAUUUCUUCAGUUCCAUACUAAAUUUUUCUAUUAAAAGCCGUCUUCUGCAAGAACAUACUAUCCUUCACCAGAUAAUCAGCAUUCAACUA